AUGCCGAUUUGCAUCGAAUGCCGACAUCCUGUCAAGACGCUCUGGACCCAGUACUCUGGGGCAGGUGACAAAUCCAGCGGACACAACAUCCGGCUCACGGUAUGCCGCAACUGCGGCCGGUUCUGCGACAAGUAUGUGGAGCAUGACUUUGUUGUGCUCUUCAUCGACCUGGUUCUGAUCAAGCCGCAGGUCUAUAGGCACCUGCUGCAUAACUCCCUGAUGCGGGACGGUGAUCGAUUUGAUCCGUCCAUCAUCCGCCUCGGUGUUCUCUUGCUGUUGUUCGAUGUCUACCUGACGUGGGCGCGCAUCGAGCAGCAGACGGGCAUUACUUCCCCUCCCGGCGGAAGCAACUUGGGUGGUUUGGCCCAGAGGUCCAUCGUGAUCCAGUACCUCUUCUUCCUGAUGCUCUGCGCUCUGUCGACUCUUGCGUUCCACCUGAGCAUAAGGUUUCUCACCUGCUCGCCCCUGUCGCCCCUCAAUGCCCUCGGCAUCAUGCCGCGGCAUGCGCGCCCAAACUCCGUCUCGACAGCGCUCCUCGUCUCUUCCUCCACGAAGCUCUUUCCUAUCCUCAUGGUUAUCUGGACGUACGAUGUGCCCGCUGCCGCUCGGUCAUUGGGGUGGGCCGUUGUUGCAAACAACGUCGAAGCCCUUCGGAUCCUCCUCGACUGCAAAUACGCCACGGCUUGUAUUCUGGCGAUAGCUGGUGCAGCAUCUCGAUGGGCCAUGGGACGCCUCGUGCUGGUUGCUGCUGGUCUCGGCGAUGUAGAUUCCAGCGGCGAAAGCAGCGUCACUGCAGACGGCAAGGCUCUUUGGGCUUUGGUGGUUUUGGCGAGAGACUGGGCUGGUCGAUUAGCCGUGGGAUGA